AUGAGACUAGGUCUACCCAGCACCAUCACUCCUGGCUUGCAACCUCUCCCCACCGACCAGUGCACCAACAAUAUUGAGGUGCAGCAAGCAGGUGGUACCAGGAUACAGGUGGUAGGAGCAGGAGAUCCAAAAUCGGUUCUUCGAGAAAUACUGCAGUCAGAAGGUGCAAGUCCUGGAGCAGAAGAACAAUACGCCUUCCGAGCCAUUGGUGAUCAAUCUCCUCCACUGAUUGAAAUAUUAUCUUCAUCUUCAUCUUCACAAUCAAGUUCGUCUUGUUCAUCUUCUUCUGAGUCAACCUCAUCUGUUUCAUCUACAAGCUCUUCCUCGUCCUCUGACUGCACUGUUGCUGAUAUUCUAUCAACACCUACUGCUACUAGAACUUCAUCUCCACCUCCAACUUCUACACCAUCUGGUUCAGAGGAAGAAGACAUAGACUUGGAGGAAGAAUCUUUAUCCGAAGAAGAGUUGGAAUCGGAUGGUGACGAAAAUUUGGAAGUAUUGACUGAUGAAGAGUUAGAUGAAGAAGAUAGAAGUUUUCUACUUGUUGAAGAUUCAUCAUCUACUGAAGAGAUGGACAAGGAGAAGAAGAAGUACCCAAACCAUCUACAUCAGGAAAUCCAGGAACAGAAGAACCAAAACCAUCUACUUCAAGAAAUCCAGGAGAAGAAGAACCGCAACCAUCAACUUCAAGACCAAGUGUUAUUCAUUAUGCACCCAAACCCCCAACUUCACCUUCAACUGAUGCAUCUCCAACAAAUGUGGAACUACACGCUCAUGCUCUAUCGGGUAAAGUGGUAA